AUUAAAUUUCAGAGUGCUGGUCAAGCGUUAUACAACUAACUGGUCAACGGGGAACGAACAACAUUGUAAAUAGAGCCAUUUCAUCAUUCAUCUAGUUAAUUUAUUCGGAAACUUACAAUUAUGGACAAAAUUAUCACGUACUUCUUUCUUUUACUUGGACUUAUGUGCGAAGGGCAUAUACCAGUAGUGAAAAACGCAACUUCGAAGUUUCUGGGCAACACUACAUCUAUUGAUGCGACCGACGUUAGCAGCCUUAUAGUUAUACGAGACCAUGGUCAUGAUAUUGACACUAAGACUGUCAACAAGGAGUCUGGUUUAGAACACAGUUUAGAGGCACAGUUUGUUGAGACCCCUGCAGGAGAACUAAGGCCUAAAGGAUUACACAUUUUGGAUAAAAAUGAAAUUACAGCAGAGAAUCUUGAUCACCACCUUUACAAACAACAGAAUUUACGGCCUCGUUCAAAAGAUAAAAGAAAUUUUAACGUUGGGAUCCUGGAUUCCCUUUGGCCAAAUGGAAUUGUACCUUAUAUUGUUAAACAUAGCAAUGGUGCAUCUAAGACCUUGAUAACUGAUUCAAUAGAAGAAUUCAAUAAACACACAUGUGUCCAGUGGAUACCAAGAGAUGAUCAGACAGACUAUGUAUCAUUUGAAGAAGGGGGAGGAUGUGGAUCUUGGAUUGGUAUUGUUGGUGGUAAACAAAGCAUUACACUACAAGAUCCUGGAUGUAUAAACGUUGAAACAGUGAUCCAUGAAAUGUGCCAUGCUUUAGGACAGUUACAUGAACAAAGCCGUUAUGAUAGAUACCCAUAUCUCAGAACCAACUGGCAAAAUAUACCAGUUAUGUGGGCAUACAAUUUUGAUAUGGCUUACACAAACAACCAUAACCCAUAUGAUCAGCAUUCUGUUCUACAGUAUAGCUUGUCUUCUUUCAGUACCAGUAACCAGAAGAAGAGUAUGUACCUGACGGAUUCUAAACUUAAUUUCCUCACAGAACAGACAAGGAACCUCACAUUCUAUGAUAUACAAGACAUAACUGAUACUUACCAGUGUACUAUCAUUUUCUGUUUAAUUCAAAUUUGUCUGUAUCAUCUACACUUUAUUUUGUUUAUAUUAACAGAGGAUUGCAGUGAACCUCCAGUGUGUGACAAUGGUGGAUAUGUAGAUUUUAAGUGUCAGUGUUUAUGUCCAGAAGGACUUAAAGGUCCAACAUGUACUGAAACAGAAGGAAACUGUGGAGGUAUAGUUGACUUAACUGUUGGUACACCUUACAUGAUCAAAUCUUCAAAUUAUCCAUCACCAUACAAUAUUGGGGACAACUGUGUUUGGGCUUUGAAGGCUCCAGCCGGUGCUAAAAUAAAGGCCACAAUAACAGACAUGGACAUAGCUUAUAAUCAUGAACUGACUAGAUGUUAUCAUUGGUUAGAAGUUCAGUAUAAUUUGAUUGGACAACCAGGAAUUAUAAAAUGUGGAGAGCUUCAAGGUGGACAAACACUAGAAUAUGAAACAACUAAUAAUGGAGAAUACAACUUGAUGAUGUUUAAAUUUGAUAGUCAAUUUGUAAGCAGUAAAGAGCCAACUAGGGGAUUCUUUAUGAUUGUGGAGGCAUUCAAUGCUGGUUGUCAUAAUAACCCCUGUGAUUCUGGAGGAACCUGUUUAGAAGGACCAGGGGAUGGAACCUUUGUUUGUUUAUGUUUACCUGGCUACAGUGGAACUACUUGUAACAAAGUGACUGCCACAGCUGUUGUUACAUGUGACUUUGAAACAGAUCUACUUGGGAAUUGUUUUAUGGAUUCUGACAGAACUACUGAUAUAGAAUGGAGCAUGUUAUCGGCAUUUUACAUGAGUUCCAGAACAGUUUACCCACAAACAGGUCAUAUUAUGGCUGGUUUAUAUAUUUAUAAACUAACAUAUUAUGGGGAUGUUGCUCGACUUGUAACAAAUUUAGAUUUUGAAGCUGGAGAUAGAUGUUUACAGUUGCUAUACCAGAUUACAGUUUAUGCAAAUGAUCCUAAUUUCUACUUGGAUAUAAGUUACACUGGUAAAGAUCAGUCGAAGACAUCACUUUUAUACCAGAAAGCAGAUACUUCAAACAAGUGGAAAAGUUUAAAUCUGGAUAUACCAUCAGUUGAGGAUUUAAAGAUUACCAUAGAAGCUGCAGUUGGUGAUCGUGAAGUGAUUAUUGAUAAUCUAGUUCUGUUACCGGGACCAUGUAGUGGACCAUGUGCAGCUACCAGGCCCUGUCAGAAUGGAGGAGUUUGCAUUCCCAAUGGUUCUACAAAAUACACUUGUCAAUGUGUUACAGGAUUUACUGGUGAUGAUUGUUCACUCACAGGAGUGUCAACCAUAUACAGCUGUACAUUUGAAGAUGGUUCAGAUUGUUUUCUGUCUCAAUCCAAGUCUGGUCAAAAGAACUGGAUUGUUACAUCUAAACCAACACCAUCAACAGUUACUGGGCCAUCAUUUGCUGCUGAAGGAUUAUUCUUCAGUUAUUUAGAGACAUCAUCGACAAACGAGGGACAAAAAGCCAUUUAUCAAUCAAAUGUUGAUCUUCAAGCCACUGACAGAUGUAUGAUAUUCAGCUAUCAUAUGUUUGGAUUAUCUGUAGCCAGUCUAGCAGUAAAAGUAAAGGGCGAUAAGAUGGAAGAAACAGUUAAAUGGAUCAAAUAUUACUCACAUGGUAACAGGUGGCACCAAGCUGGAGUAUAUAUUCCUGCCAUGGCUGGUCUUGAGAUAUACAUAGAAGCUUCUAGUGGUGGUGAUUAUAUGGGAGACAUUGCCAUAGAUGACGUACUACUUAGACCUGGACUUUGUCUAUGUGAUUCCAGUCCAUGUAUGUUUGGUGGAACCUGUAUCCCUGUUGACAACUCCACUUAUCAGUGUUCAUGUGCAGCUGGAUUUAGUGGAGAAAAUUGUCAAAUUGUUGAUACUGCAGCUUUGAUUUGUUCAUUUGAGAAUACAUUUUGUUCUUUCCUGGAGCAAGACCAGACCAAUGAUACAAUAGACUGGAAAUUAAAUGAUGGACACACAUCAACAUCAGGGACAGGACCUUCUAGUGCGGCAGCAGGGACAUACUAUCUGUACAUAGAGGGGAAGGGUAACACAGACUCUACUGCCAGACUGAACUCACUACAACUUUCAGAAACCGAGCACUGUAUGAAAUUCUCCUACUAUAUGUAUGGUGUGAAUACUGGUUCCCUGAAUGUGAUAACAGAUGGUGGAGUAGGGGAGAUAACUCAGUGGACAAGAUCUGGAGAUCAAGGUCAAAAUUGGCAUCAAGUUGAAAUUGAUUUAAACUUUACUACAACAUCUAGGAUAAUAAUAGAGGGAAUUGUGGGAAGUGGAGACAAGUCUGACAUUGCUGUAGAUUUUAUUUCAAUAUCACCUUUGACUUGUGAUCAGAACUCAUCUUUUUGUUCUCCAAAUCCAUGUCAGAAUUCAGGAAUAUGUACGGAAACAGCCCUGUCUUUCACUUGUAGUUGUAAGCAAGAGUUUACAGGAAACAUUUGUGAAUUGGAUGUGGUGAAUGGUAACUGGGGAUCUUGGACAGAUGGUUUAUGUUCUGUAACAUGUGGUGAUGGACAAAUAACUAGGACUCGUACAUGUGAUAAUCCACAACCAGCCAAUGGUGGAGCUUCUUGUGCAGGAUCAGCCAAUGAAAUUCAAGUUUGCAAUGAAGGGGCAUGUCCUCCAGUCAAUGGUAACUGGGGAUCUUGGUCUGAUUUUACUUCCUGUUCAGUGAGUUGUAGCGGAGGAACACAGGCCAGGAUAAGGUCAUGUGAUGAUCCUGUUCCAGAGUCGGGAGGAAUAUACUGUAUGGGGUCAUCUACAGAAUCACAGUCCUGCAAUGAUGAAAAAUGUCCAGAUGAUGAAACGUUUACUUGUACAUUUGAGGCCAGCGAUAGUUCUUGUUUUCUGACUGAUGAGAAAAAUCUAUCAAGAGAUAUAUUUGAUUGGACUACAAACUCAGGUCCCACUAAGAUAAAGAAGACUGGACCCUCAUUUGCAGCCAGUGGAACAUUUUACAAAUACAUAGAAACUUUGAAACCCAGGAAGAAAGGACAGAAUGCAAGGCUUGUCAAUUCACAGAGUCUUAAAGCUCUGAGUAGAUGUCUCAGCUUUUCGUACAACAUGAAUGGUCCCCAGAUAGGAUCUCUGAAUGUUCUUAGCAUAGAUUCUAGUGCACAGGAAACAAUUUUAUGGAGUAGAAAUGGAAACAAGGGAAACGUGUGGAGGCAAGGAAGUGUUAAUGUUAAUACUUCACCAGAUAUGCAGCUCGCAAUUGAAGGUGUAGUAGGUGGAAAAAAAGGACACAUUGCUGUGGAUAAUAUUUUACUGAAACCUGAGGAAUGUCCACCCUGUGAUGUUGAACCCUGUCAGAAUGGAGGAGUUUGUUCUGUGACAGGGGAUACGUACACAUGUACCUGUCCUGCAGGAUUUGGUGGUCCUAACUGUCAGUAUAUAGGAUUUGGUGGUCCUAAUUGUCAUGUUAUGAUUGGUGAUUCUUACACAUGUACCUGUCCUACAGGAUUUGGUGGUCCUAAUUGUCAGUAUAUAGAUGCUGAAGGAUAUUGCUCCUUUCAGAUGUCUGAUCCAGAUUGUUUCCUCAUACAAGAUGUUACAGAUAAUUUUGAUUGGUCAAGAGAUAGUAGUACUAGAACUAAGAAUACAGGUCCACUCUCCUUUUUAGCAGGGAAAUAUUACUUUAUUGAGGCCAGUAGUAAGCCAAUUGGUUCUAAAGUUCGAUUGAUCAGUAAUGUGCAAUACUCCGAUAAAGCAAGAUGUUUAACUUUUAACUACAAUAUGUAUGGAGACCAAACUGGGGAAUUAAAAAUCUCAACUUUGGAUUCCGAUAAUACAGAAACAAAACUAUGGUCAGUGUCUGGAAACCAAGGAAACCAGUGGACAGGUCAGAUGGUCAGUGUACAGACACAACCUACAUCUAAGAUUGUUUUUGAGGCCUCAGUAGGGGGUGACAGAGGAGAUAUAGCCAUUGAUGAAGUCAGACUUCUAACUACAGACUGUAGUCCAUGCUCACCUAUAAACCCUUGUAGAAAUGGAGGCUUCUGUUCUGUGUCAGGAGAUACUUAUACAUGUACAUGUCAGUCAGGGUAUGAUGGUCCUGAAUGUCAAUAUAUAGAUUCCCAGAGAUCUUGUUCCUUCGAGAAGACAGACCCCUCAUGUUUCUUGGUACAAGAUCAAAUCAGUGACAAUUUUGAUUGGAGUAGAAGUAGGAGAACACCCACUACAGCCACUGGUCCAACAAAAGCAGCAGAUGGAAUCACAUUUUACUUCAUAGAAGCAUCUAAGCCAUCUAUAAAUACCAAAGCCAGACUCAUCAGUGAUGUCAAGUUCUCAAAUAAAACCAGAUGUUUUACUAUGUCAUAUCACAUGUAUGGAGAGCAGAUUGGGACAUUAAGAGUUCUUACCAUGGACUCUGAUAACACUGAAACAGAACUAUGGUCUGUGUCAGGGAAUCAAGGAAAUCAAUGGAUAGGCCAGAUGUUCAGUGUUCAAACUUUGCCUGACUCUAAGAUAGUUAUUGAGGGUUUAGUAGGAGGAAAUAGAGGAGACAUUGCUAUAGAUAAUAUCAUACUGUAUGUCAAAGAUUGUGUUCCAUGUGGACCAAUAAACCCUUGCAGGAAUGGGGGAUAUUGCACUGUCUCUGGUGAUUCUUAUACUUGUAAUUGUGCUGCAGGAUUUGGUGGACCAGAAUGUCAGUAUAUAGAUGCAGUGAAAACAUGUAGUUUUGAGAAUUCUGAUGAUAUGUGUUUUCUAACAGACGAGACAGCUGACAGCUUAAAUUGGAAAAGACACAGGGGUUCAACAAAAACCAGCACUACAGGACCAUCAGGUGCUGCCAUUGGUAAAAAGUAUACUUACCUGGAGUGUACAGGACAAAGUAUUGGUUCUAAAGUCAAACUUAUCAGUAAUAUUCAAUUUUCAGAUUCGACAAGAUGUUUGACCUUCUGGUAUCACAUGUAUGGUAGUGAGAUAGGAACAUUACGUGUCAUAAGUAGGUCAGCCUCUUUACAGGAGACAGAACUGUUGAGUAUGACUGGUAACCAAGGCAACCAAUGGCUAUUGAAGUCUGUCACAGUGUCUACAUUGCAUGGUUCAAAGCUGAUAAUAGAAGCAUCUGUAGGCGGAGACAGAGGAGAUAUAGCACUAGAUAAUAUAAGUCUGUCCACUAAUCCAUGUGGAGGUGGAUGAUGAAGAGUGAUACAAAAGAAAUACUAUGAUUCUAUUAAUGCACAUAAGGAGUGAUGGACAAUGGACUUCAGGAGGAAUGGAAGAACAUUUCUAAUCUACAGAUAAAAAUUGCUAUAAAUAUUUAAUAACCAACCUUUUUACUUGGAGAUAAAUCAAAUUAAUAACUCUUAUCAUUUAGGCACAAUGUUUUAAAUUUUACCCUCCAGCAAUUUAUUCUC